GUUGUAGGAAGUAUUCUGGAUGGAUGGCUGCUGGAAACCCAAUGCCUUAGCCAGCUCUUCUUCAAUACUCAAGGAUUUACUCUGGCAUUGAGUAAUGAGAAUUUUGAAACCAUAUUUGAGAAGUACUUCCAUCCAGUGCUACUUGUGUUUACUUCUGAACAGUCAUUUUUUAACUGAGGCUGGCAUUCAUGUCUUCAUUUUGGGUUGUAUCAGUGCAGGUCUUCCUAAAACAGAAGCAAACUGGCAGCAUGUAAUAAGUGAUUUGAAAAGAAUUGAAGAUCUUAUUCAAUCUAUACAUAUGGAUGCCACCUUAUAUACUGAAAGCAAUGCUCAUCCCAGUUGCAAAGUAACAGUGAUGAAAUGCUUUCUCCUGGAGUUACAUGUUAUUUUGCAUGAGUCCAGAAAUUCAGACAUUAACGAUACAGUAGAAAACCUUAUCAUCCUAGCAAACAGCAGCUUAUCUUCCAUUGAGUAUAAAACUGAAUUGGGAUGCAAAGAAUGUGAGGAGCUGGAGGAAAAACAUAUUAAAGAAUUUUUGAAGAGUUUUGUACAUAUUGUGCAAAUGUUCAUCAACCCUUCUUGAUUGCAGCUAAUCCUUUUCAGCACGUCUAUUAUUAACAAACAUCUCCCCACUGCUGAGAGGCAACAGCGAA